AUGCAGCCCAUGCAGCCCAUGAUGGGUGUUCCCGGAAUGGUCCCCAUGGUCGCGCCCAGCAUGGUUCAGAUGCCCGGCGUCGGGAUGGGCACGCCGCUGCAGCCCCCCUUCCAGCAGCCCACCUUCCAGUUUCCGGGAGGGAAUGAGCUCCCGCGCCUCUCCUACACCGCCGAACGCGGAUGGGGUGGGUGGGACCUUGCGAGUCGGCACUACUCCGGUACUCGCCUUGAGAGGAGCUGGCUCGAGAAACUCAUGUCGCGGGUCAGCGAGUUCAUGGACGAACGCCAGUUGUGCGAGGAAGCCGCCCACGACUCCUUCAUCCGAGUCUACCACCACGGAGAGGGCCCGGAUGCCGGCAACCGCUCGCUCGGAGGCGCAGCCGCCUACCAGGCCUUCCUACUCUGGAGGCGCGACCACCAGGCCAUCUUCUCCCAGAACUCGCACGACUCGAACGUGAUCCUGAUUAUAAGCAUGGCUGUGGCGGAGCUGCACCGCCUCUGGGAUAUCGUCGACCCGCGCUCUUCGCGCGCAAACCUCAAAAAGGCGAGCGAGCAUGCAGCUGCAACCGUACAGUACCUGUACGAACGCCACUUCAAACAGCCUGGCUAUGGCCAAGCCCAGCCUGCCGCCGCCCACACACCCCACCACCACAUACCUCCGCACUCGCCCGUCGAGCGUCGCCGCCGUCGCAAAUUGUCCUCGGCAUCGUCCUCAUCGGACCGAUCUCGCCACAGCCGCCGCCACUCACGCCGGUACGACGACAGCGCCAUUCCCCCGCCAGUGAUGCAGCCUGGCGUGCCCAUGCAGCCAGGCAUGGUGCCCGCGGGGGCUACAUUGCAGUCCGGGAUGGCCUCGCAGUACGGGUACCCUCAGCAGCCGUACGCGGCCGGCUACUCGGCCUAUGCUCCGGGCUACCCGGGGCAGCAGGCGUACGUCCCACAGGCCGGGGCCGCAGGCUACUACCCCACCACGGCUGGUCAGGUAUACUACCCCAGCGUCGUGGACCCCAAUACCCAGUACACACAGGGACUGUACGCACAGGGGCAGUACCCGCAGGGAUAUUAUCCACAAACCCAGCCGCCGUACGGUUACCUGCAGCAGGGCUAUCGCUAUUACUAG